UCAUUGUGUGUUACAGGCUAAUUUUGGAGCCCACGGCUGAUCAAAAUUUUGCCUGUUACUCUAAUGAAUAUGUGUUAUUAAAAGUCUCCAACUGUUUCCCCUUAGGCAAAAAGUAAAACACACAUGAAGGUUGGCUGCGACGGUCAGUGCUAACUGUAGGUAACAUUACGGCCGGGGCUAAGGGCUGCCCAGCAUGACAGGUAUUAACAGAGCGAGUCUGAUUAAAUGUGGGAGGCAGGAGCUGUGAGGCUGGCGGAGAGCGCUGCCGCUGCGAGCUGGAAACUAGUGAAUGGGAAUCUAUCCGGCAACUUCACCAGACCGCUGUCUCACGGCGACACGGGGGCUCUGCGUAAAACCAAGCGGCGCGUCUCCAAGUCUGGGUCUGCCCAACUCACAGAGGGAGAGGACGCUCAAGUUGGAUCGGGCGAGCAGCUUUUCACUUGUUACCGGCGCUCGGCUCCCACUAACAUGCCUGCCAUCAAAAAGGAGAGGUUGGAUGGGGACGACAUGGCAUUGGCUGCGUUCAACCAGUCCGAAUACCUGGCCCCUUUAAAUGCCACUGCUAUCCCCGUGGUGACCCCGCAUCCGCCACCCUACGAUCACAUUUUCGCCCAUCACCGCGCGUACUUGGGGCUCCACGACUCGGCGCUGCAUCACCAGCACCUCCACCAUCACACGGACGACUUAAUGCUGGAGAGGUUUUCCUCGAUCCCCGACUUUCAGCCCUUCUUCGACAACGGGGAGCCGUGCAUCGAGGUGGAAUGCGGGGAGAAUAAGGCUUUGCUUUAUAUCAAUAAACUGUGUCAGGGUAGUAAGGGACCCUCAAUUAAAUACCGGGGCGAGUGGCUCACCCCCAAUGAGUUCCAGUUCGUCAGUGGAAGAGAGACUGCCAAAGAUUGGAAACGGAGUAUUAGACACAAAGGGAAAAGCCUCAAGACUCUUAUGUCCAAAGGAAUCUUACAGGUACAUCCUCCAAUCUGUGAUUGCCCUGGCUGUCGAAUUUCCUCUCCAGUGAACCGCGGCCGCUUGGCAGAGAAGCGCACCAUCCCCCUGCCACCCAACCGGGUGCCCAAGAAGGAGCUGGCCUCCAUUUUCAGCAGUGACGACAGUGAAGGCAGCGAGCGCGCCAGUGGGGACCAUGCCCACAUCAAGCAGGAGGACGAGCUGCAUUACAGUAUCAUGAGAAAGAGCCGUGACAGUGACCUCUCUACAAUCAUCUCCAACCUACACCACACCAGACAACACGGCAUGCCAGAGGGCCAGUCAGCCUCCGACCACAACAGCGGCACUGGACACACAGAUGACCUUCUAGGCAAGAGGAGAAGCUUCUCUCCCAACAGCAGCAGCGAGUGUCCCUCCGACAGUAAGAAGUCACGUAGCGUGUCCCCCAAAGAGAAUUCCCAGAGCCCAGUGGUGGAGGCAGGUGGCGGCCACGGCCACAUGAGCCCUGAGGAGCACUACAGGCGCAUGAUGUCAGCGCUCAGUGAGCAAGGGUCCUAUGAGGAGCAGCAGCAACGCCUGUACCAGCUGGCCAGCAACAUGGGCCUGCCCAGCCACGAUGUGUUGCGUGCUCGCCAGGAGGCGUUGGCUGCAGCGGUGAGGAACCCAGGAGCCCUGGAGGCUCACCUGCCCUCGGCUGGCAGCUCCUCUUCAUCCAGCCAGAGACGCAAGCAGGGUCUGCCGCAGCACCGAGAUGCACACUACACGGACAGGGAACUGUCCCACCCUCCGCCCCUGCUGUCACCCCAGAGCGCCCCUCACAUCGCCUUAGGACCUCACCUGCGGCCCCCUUUCCUGGGCAUGCCCUCCGCCCUGUGCCAGGCCCCAGGUUAUGGUUUCCUCCAACCAGCUCAAGCUGAGAUCUUUGCACGGCAACAAGAGAUGCUGAGGAAGCAGAAUCUGGCAAGACUUGAGAUGUCAGCAGAGCUGCUGAGACAGAAGGAGCUGGAGAGCCUGCACCACCGGCAGCAGCAGCAGCGUCUGCUCGGCUCCGACCCGCUGGGGGGUCUGCCUCCCGGCCUGCCCCCCGACCACCCGGCCCUGCGCAGCCUGCACGACAUCCCAGAGGGUCACCCCCUGCGAGAGGAACUGGCCCGUCGCUCCAAUGCCAUGUUGGUGCUUCGCCACGGGGCGGCCACGCCCCUCCUAACCCUCAACCACCAGCAGCAGCAGCUGGGGGCCUCCUCCACGCCCAAAGAUGGCCAGGCACAGAGCGCCACCGCUGGGCCGGAUGCCGAUUCCAGGAAGGGCUCCCGCAGGGGCCCCCACACGCUGCUCCGUGCUGGGGACCACACAGGAGGGAGGGAGGACAGAGGAAGGGAGGGAGAGAGGGAGGGGCAGGACGAGGAGAUGAAGGACUCGGACAGCGAGGCAGAGAUGGGCGAGGAGAGGCUGGAAGGCGCGGGUGCCAAGGCCAGCAUUGUGCCCAGGGACAGGGAGAGAGACGUGGGUAAAGAGUUGGGCAGCAAGGCAGCAUGUGACAGUGCCAAGGAGACUGGAGAGAGCUCGGGCCGGCUCAGCGCCCCCUGUAGUUCGGCAGGCGCAGAGUCGCCCAGCCGGCACCUCUUCACCCCAGGGCUGGGCAAGGGCGACAUCAAGUACCACCUGCCACCUGGGCUCAUGCCACCUCUGCCUGCUCUGCAUGCCCAGACGCUGCCCUUCGGAUUCCCCUACGCCAACCCCUACUUUCAUGCGGGGUCCAUGGGAGGUCUUUUCAUGGAUGGGGAGGACUCGGCCACAGCAAACCCUGUGGAGGACAUCAGCAAGUGGAGCGUGGAGGAUGUGUGCGGCUUCAUAAGCAGCCUGGCCGGAUGUGCCGAAUACACCCAGGUGGCGCGGCGUGUUGGCAGGAUUUUCUACAUGACAAGUUUCCCGCUGGCACUCCCGUUGCCGCCGUCUGCCACUCUGCGCCCCCCAGAACGGGACCGGGACCCCCUGACCACACAGUCUGACACCCCCCUGCCCCUCUCACUCUCCCAUCCCCAUCGGCCCGCCUCCGCAAGCAGCAGCUCCUCCCCGUACGGUGGCCCCACCCCGGGACGUUCCUCCCCCAAGCAAGAGAAUGGCAAUGGCUCCACGGUGGUGGGAGGGUAUGAAGCCAAAACCCCUUCGUAGGAGUGGACAUCCUGGGAUGUGGAGGGCAGACCUGCCUCAGCCCGACUGGAAGGCCAAGCAGAAGGGGGAAGGGAUGAGGGUUAACUGAACCAGAGGGCUAUUUGACUCCGAGGCCCUGUUUACCAGACUUUGUCUUGACCAUCCCCUCUCCCCCACCUUGGGACCUUUAAGCUGAGACUCAAACUUUAUGGGAAAUAUUGGACUGGAACAAAAGAGGACAACCGGAUGAUAUGGACCAUAUCAGGCAAACCAAUCAGCUUCCAAGUUUCUCUGCGGUGGCUGUAGCCGAGCAGAAUCCAAAGAAACUGGGUUGGAGGGAGACACGUGAAGCGACAGAGGAAUAGAGAAAGAGAAAAAAGAAGAGGAGGAAAAGCAGACAGCUGGUCACAGACAGCCUGCCAAAAAAAGGAGCGAAGCCCCGCCACAAAUACGACAUUCUUGCGAGUCAGACAGUCAGACGCUAGCGGAAACUCUUCCUUCCUUCCUGGGCUGAAGGAAGCUCUGCUCUCUCGCUUUCUUUCUCUGUCUCUAUCUCUCUGACUGCUCCCACCACAAGCUCUGCAGAACCCAGGAAUUAAAAAGAGAGACGCCUCUCCCCACUUUUCUCUCCUUCCUCCCCCCUCUUCCUCUCCCCUGCCUGUCUCCCCGAGGCAAAACAGCUCUGUAGAGCGGUCUUAUAGAGGCUGAAGUUGAAGCAUAUGCUGAGCAGGACUAGAUCUGACCAACUCCCUCUCAUCACUGCAACUAUGCAUUCCACUGUCCCAAUACCAAAGAUGACCGGAUGUGUGGAAUUGGAACCAUGUUUCACAAUGUUUCUGCUGUUUCUUUUUGCAUAACGGUGUUAGACAAAGACGUGGUCCACUAGGAGAAAGCUAGGCUAGUGCCUCAUAUGAUGGACUCUGUCUGAGGUGACACAGGUACCACAGGGUGGGGCUUUCACUUCCCGACCCACAUGACAUACAAAAGGCUUCAAAACAUGUUGCUGAUAUGGAAGAGCCUCGAAGACGCCUCCAUGGCGGCUGUGGAGCGCAGGGCUAACGCCGUAUGCUCAUACUGACUACUGUGGGAGCUAGAAAUUAAAACCAUGCAAAAUUGUACAGAAUCAUGCUUAAGAUGAAAAUAUCCUGAAGGUUACAUACGUGGUACAUUUUCAUUUGUUUAAAUGUAGUUGCACGAAUACAGUUUUCUUUACUGAAAAAUGUGACUUGCUGAACUUUGGUGGUACUUUUUGUUCAUUUUUUUGUUUUGUUUUGUUUUUGUUUUGUUCUGCCAUUUUUUAAAAGUGUAAUAUUAAAAGAAGCCCCAAUCUUGAAUGCUACUUCAGCAUAUAAAUACGAGGAAAAAUAUUUAUAGGACUUUUGAUGUAGUAGAUAAAGCAGAUUAUGAUAUGUAUUAUAAUUAGCCCUUGAGAUGGAUCCCAAAGAUACCUUUACUUUGUUUUCUCUUGGUUGCAGGGAAAAGAAAGGCACAAAGCUCUUAAAUGCAAAUGUUUUGAAUUUGUUAUGGAUUUUUUUUUUUUAACUAUGUAAGCAAUGAAUUAAAAAUGGUCUCUAGAUUUCCCUUCAAAGUUUUGUCUUCAUCCUAUUUUUCUAUUCACCACAUGGUGAAAUAAAUCCUGAAGAAAUUCCUCUG